AUGGCUCUUCCAGUCAGCGUCUUUCUCCUCUUGCAAGCUUUCGUCAUCAUUUCCGGUUACACAGUCAGUGUGGAAGAGAAAAGCAUCACGUGCUGGACGUGUCCUAACAAGGGAAGUAACCUGGAGUGUAAUAACUGGGCACCCGACAGGUAUUGUCCCCAGGACCAGUCCGUUUGCCAGACAGCCCACACUUUCAGUGACGUCACCGGUCAAGUCGCCAGCCUUCGCGUGGAUAAACGGUGUGUGGCUCCUGAGAAAUGUACGAGACAUGAUACGUGUAUAUCUUGCUGUACCACAUCAUACUGUAACGAAGAAGUUGCCCAUGACAACCACUCAGCAAUCCAAUUCUCCAUUACUCUCCUAGGAUCUGCAGCUUGUAACAAACUUUCAUACUGCCCAGUCUUCAUCCUGGGUUACCUUGCGAUGUUGAUGGGCGAUAACUGA